AUGUGGGUGAAUCUUGACCAAAUUGAGUUUUACCAUGGCCCUAGCAACCAACCGCCGUCUGCCCGUGAGAAGCAGCCACCUACUUAUGAUACACAAUUCCAGUGCUCUCUUCCCACUAUGCCCGACUUUGUCCAAGAACCGACAAAUAUACCAGAGUAUCCGACACCUCUAGCACAGGAGUCAUCCUCCACUGGUAUGACCCAUGCUUGGAAUUCUUUUGACAUCGAGAUGAGCGAUUUCUGUAACAUCGCUGCGCCUCAGUCACAAAUGACGACAGAAAUGGAGCCCGUGGUGACUGCAGAUCUAUCUUCUAUUCUUGACACUCCUUUGGGACUUGCAAGUUACCCCUUAUCUUUUUCGGAGCCCGCUGUAUUUGUAGACUCCGCAACGACAACACCAUCAACUACACAACAGUUGGACCAUAUUCCCGUUCAUGUGCAGAAAAUUAGCUCAUCAAAUGCUCUUCCCGAUGUCAAGGAUGCGGGAACUCCCCUCCUCUUAUCCGCGUCCUGUGAAACUGCAUCCGAACAAGCUAGCAAUGCCUCUCGCAGGAUGUCCACUUGCGACGAUUCCCAGCAAGAACCAGCACUACCCCAUACAGGGACACGUCACUUGAGCUUUGCCGACCCUGGCCGCCGUGACGAGGAUACGGCAUGUGAACUACAUCAUGCGCUUCAUCCGGGUGAAAACCCAAGCUCUAGGGCAACUGAUGUUCCAGAGCGCACUGAGGAUGGUUGCUCUAGUGGCCGAAGUGCGUCGGUUGUUGAUGGCCCGGAAUACUACCCAUCGAUUGCUGUAGUUGUACCAGCGCCUUCAUGGAAGCAAGGAAGAGUCACUAGGGCAAGCACAAGGGCUGCCGCGGCAGCGUGCAAAAAACGGCUUCGUUCGGGUAACAUUAGCGGUGGCAACCACCGGGGUGCGGAUGUAAUUCCUGGCGCAGAACGACCAAGGCGGAAGAAGAAAACAAGAGCUGCAGUCAGGUCCCUUUCUAGUCCUCUGGGCGAUCCGAUCUGUGGUUCAUGCCAUUGUUCCCCUAAUAUUUAUGAGAUCCGCGGGAAUGCCAUCCUCACGGUCGAAUCUAAUUCGGGAUCGAAACCAGCAUAUUAUUUCACCUUCGUGCCCGAUGCCCGUCCGACGCCAUCUACCCCCCCUCAGGCGGAUAGUUCAGGAAAGCAGCGGCUAUACUCAUCAGAUGAAAACGCACUGUUGGUGCGACUAAAGGAAAGAGAGGGAAUGCCAUGGUCAGAGAUUGCUGAACACUUUCCUGACCGAAAUGUGUCGUCCCUCCAAGUCCACUAUUCUACCAAAUUACGCCAUAAGGCCAGCUCUCGGUCUCGAAAACGGCGAAGGAGGUGA